AUGGGACACUUCUGGUCGAAAACGAAAGCCAUUGUUGGCGCACAAACAGAUGCAGAAAAGAAAGAAACCGUACCACUUGAUCCAGCAUAUAUUGUUAAGUGGGCACCAAAUGACCCGUUGAAUCCCCAAAACUGGACCGAUCCCUACAGAUGGUGGGUUACAUUUCAACUAGGAAUGCUUGCAUUAUUAGGCAGCCUCGGGUCAAGUAUUACAACGCCUGCCGAUAAGACUAUUGCGAAAUAUAUUGGGGUGAGCGAUGAGGUCGUCAUUCUUGACCUCUCUCUAUACUUACUUGGCUUUGUUCUUGGUCCCAUCAUCUGGGCACCCAUAUCAGAAAUAUGGGGUCGCAGAGUUAGUAUCUUGCCGGCCGUCUUUUGCCAAGCUCUUUUCUUCAUUGCUACAGGCGUCAGUAAAGACGCGGCGUCAGUGUUUGUUACGCGCUUCUUUGCAGGGUUCUUUGGCUCUGCCCCGAUCAGUAAUGUCACUGCUGCACUAGGGGAUAUGUGGAGCAAAGAGCAGCGAGGAACUGCAGUCAGUAUGUACGCAAUAGCAGUAAACGGAGGGCCAGCCCUGGGUCCUGUAAUCGGUGCAGCGCUUGUAUUAAAUCCUCACCUGGGUUGGCGAUGGACUGUGUAUAUUCAGGCAAUCUGGGGGUUUACCAUUUUCCUCUUGGCUUUCUUUUGUCUCCCCGAAGUAUUUCCAUUGGUGCUACUCAAGAGGAAAGCACAACAGCUUCGGAAGGAAACGAAUGAGCCUCGAUACUACCACCCCCACGAGCACCUAAAACUUGAUUUUCGAUCAAUCUUAACAAAACAACUUGCUCGACCACUCAUAAUGUUAUUCACCGAGCCUAUCGUCACCUGUGUUUCUUUCUAUGCGGCCUUCGUCUACGGAGUCAUGUACUUAGCUCUUGAGCUCUUCCCUAUUAUAUUUGAACAGACUCGUGGCUGGGGCCCAGUAGUUGGAGCACUACCAUUUCUGGGACUGUUAAUCGGAGUUGUGUCGGCCGUCGGCAUCAACAAUUAUAACCAGUCUCGCUAUAACCGGAUAUCAAAAGCAGCGAAUGGAAGAGCAGUUCCAGAAGCACGGCUUCCUCCUAUGAUACUAGGCGGUAUAUUCCUCGUGACUGGCCUUUUUUGGUUUGCCUGGACUGGUGCGCCUCCCCACCACUGGAUCUUACCCUGUCUGGCAGCGGUAUUCAUCGGCUUUGGAUUCAACUGCAUUUUCCAACAGUGUCUCAACUAUCUUAUUGACGUGUACAAAAUCUACGCAGCUAGUGCGACCGCCGCCGUCACUUUUCUCCGAAGUUUAAUGGCAGCUGGUCUCCCUUUAGCAGCUAGACCCAUGGUCAGCGCAUUGGGCAUUGGACCAUCUGUCUCAAUUAUUGGUGCUGUAGCUGCGGUCUUACUUCCUGUCCCAUUUUUGUUCAUUAAAUAUGGGCCAAGAUUACGAAAGCUAUCAAAGCUUGCACCUGAUGACUUGUGA